CAUUGAUUGCGAUUAUGACCUGCGAGUUUUGUUGUUUUUUUAAACUAGAUUUUACAACUAUUCCCUGUCGAGUGGAAAUGCCCUGGAACAAUUUGCGAACUUUGUAAAUCAGGAAGUGUCGUGUUUCCUCAUGGUGUGAUGAUUUGUACUCUGGAAGGACAAUGGUAGUGUGAAGUGUUGCUUGUUCUGUGCAGCUGCUCGUCUCUUCUUGUUUCCAGAGUGAUUUUUGAGGUGCUCGGCGUAUUGACACCGGGGAGGUGCGAGAUAUCGAAUGUGACCUUGGUUAUCAGAGAGACCGUUGCAUAUUGACUGCGGUGAGUGACAGUAGAUGUGGUGUUAAAGAUAUAUAUAUAUAUAGAGAGAGAGAGAGUCGGGAGAUUGAACACGAUGAUGACAUGCAGCAGAAGACAAGCGCUCUGCGCCACCGCCCCUAGAGUCCCUAAGUGUUCCACAUGCUCCUCUUCCUCGCCAUUUUGUUGCCAUCCUCCUCAACUUUUCCUGUGAUCUGGUGCCGCUGGUGUUGUUAAGAGCCAUGAGCAGCAGCAGACGCUCUAGCCUGUCUGUGGACGUUCCGCACCGCAGCCCUUCGCCAGGACCGACGUCCCCUGGCCGGUGUGUGGCCCCCAUCUCAUCCUCCUCCUCCCCGUCCACCCCCUCCCACUCCCCUGGCCCUUCUCCCUUCCUGCUCAAGCCGAGUGCGGCGCAACUACUUGACAUUCCAAACCGAAGUGCUCGCCCUACUAACUUUCCGUGUGCCUCAAUGUCUGCCGUGGAGUUGCCGCCAGACAUGUACAACUCCUCUCUGGUGGCCAAAUCCAUGACAGCAGCUCCGCCAGCCUCAACGACCGUGCCCCUCGUGCCUGUGGCUGCUGCGUCUGUGUUCCCCCGCCACCCAAGUGCGCUUGAGCAACUGCAGUGCCUGUCCGCACCGGCUUACAUCGCCCACGUGCCUCACGAGAGUGCGGCCCACGCCCCUGCCCCCUCCGCCGGCUGCUGCAGCCCCUGUCGGCCGUCCAAGGACCCAGGGAAGCUCAUCCCCUCUCCAACGUGCCAGGGCGUGGUUUCUGUCAGGGAGGAGCUGUUGCUCCGUCCCAAUGACCAGUUGUGGGCGCUGUCGGGCACCCGGCGCCGUGUGCUCUCAUCUUCUUCCAUAUCAUCGCACGAGGACGCGACGGACCUCAACUCACCCAACAAUAACAUAAGCAGCAACAAUAUCAAUAACUUAAAUACCAGUGACGACGGCGACAAAGAUUCUAUCGUCCUGGACCUGUCAAUCAAGCGGAAGUGUUCUUCUAAUCCUUUCGCUACCACCAGCAGUGACACUGACAUAGCCCCGCCCCCUUCCUCUGCUUCAUCUCCCUCGUCCUCCUCUAGUCGACGUGGAGUCCGACAGUUGGAAAACAUUGAAGUUGGAUGUUCUUCUCCUCCUUCCCACCCCUCUUCAUUGUGUGAUAACCCUGAUACGAAGAAACAGAGCGCAAUGCCAUCUCCGUUAUCAUCGCUUUUUUCCAACACCUACCAUCCCGAUCAUCAUCGUCUCCAUCAUCAUCAUUAUCAACAUCAUCUCCCUCGUCCUCAUCACUCUGUCGGGUUUUGGCUGGACUCAUCGCCGAGACAGAGCGCCGGGGGUCGCGUGGGGGAGCUGAGUACGGCCCAGCAGCCGGUCCCCUCCUCCUCUUCUUCCUCCACCUCCUCCUCCUCUUCCUCCUCCACCUCCUCCUCCUCGUGUGUCCGGCCGUUUGGCAGAAGUAUCCUGGAAAGGCAGCUGCUGUUGAACUCUGGCGGCACCGUCAAGUGCAAGACUUCACACACCCCUCGCCUACCUGUCAUUGGGGGAUUUCCGAACCCGACCACGACUGCUAUGGCCACUACGUCUUCUACAAAUAUCUCCGGGUUUACUACUAUCCCCGGAUUGCGGGUAAAUGAUCGUCAUAUCAGAGGCGCAGUAUCGGCUAUAUCAACGCCGUCUCAUGACCCGGCUCUAGAGAACAGAGAAGGGGUUUGUGUAAAACUGGAGCCUUCUGUAUCUCCUACCGCGACAGACUGCAGUCACCAAAUCCCAGGCGUGUACCUGUCAGAGGCGACAUUGAAGAAAGAACCCUUUUUAGAGACUGAAAGACGCGACCAGAGUACAUUCCUGAGUGACGAGAAAACAUUUUUCCGCCAUCAGAGGGCGAAUUCAGGUAACGAGAAGACUAACGUAGCAUUAGACAAGAAAAACGCCUCUGUCGACCGGGGCAAUUUUUUGCUGGAGCCGCCUCAACUUGUGCCUAUGCAGGGGCUACCUCUACCCUGUCCGGGACUGGUCAGCGGUUGUCAUCAGGGGUCUGGCGACGAGGUCAUGGCCCCAAGGUCCGGCAGCAACGGCAAUAGAUUAGUGGGUCAUCAUCACGAGGCAGUGCACGAGAUGACCUCUCGCUUGUACCGUCGCGAGGCGGAGGAGAAGAACAAUGCUUGGCUGUUGUCUCACCAGGAGACGACGACAGACGCGAAGGCGUUGCUGUCACCGUCUUCGUCGUCCUCGUCGUUUCUGCUGACCGUGGCGCCUCCCCCGCCUUCUGUUCGAGUUGGCAACGGCUGUGGCUUUAGCAGCAGCGUGGUUGUCUGCGGCCCUCCUUCAACAUCCUCGUUGGUGUCGCCUCUCGGUGAUAGCGCUGUGAGCAUGUCCAGCGGCUCUGGGGGUCUUUGCUGCAGCCUUGUAGAUGGUGGCGGUGGUGGUGGCCUCGGUGGCGGUGGUGGUGGGUCCUCCGUGGCUGGGGACUCGACCUCUGGGAGCGGCGGCGGCUGUGGUGGGGGUGCUGACGGUGGUUUCAGUGGUAGCGUCAGUGAGCCCGUCGGGGCUGGUGUGGUAGGCGGGGCCAUGAGACAGAACAACAAGGGCACCUUCAAGAAGGACCUCAUGAAGCGUUACUUGGACGCGUGUGAGCAGCAGCAGGAUGGGCGUGGCCGGGAGAUGGCGGUGGAGGCGCUCCUCAGCAUGGACUCGCCCAGCACGGGAGCCGAGGGCAAGACCUUCCUUCAGGGCAUCCUCCACGAACAGCAGCAACAGCAACAGCAGCACACGACAGCAACAGCUUCCUCGUCAUCGUCGCCGCCUUCCUCAUCGCACCAUCACCCGCACCACGGUAACGGCAGCAAGGCACCUCCUGGUUCCUUUGUCGCUCCAUUCUGCCAGCCUCCGCCCGCUCACCAGCCAUUGCCUGCCCAUUUCAACACGGCUACCCAUGUGGCCAUGCGUCCAGAUCACUUUGACAGCAGUCCGUCGUUACAGCCUUUGACGGCUGUCCAAGCCAACAUUGAGCCUUACCACAAAAGCAGCAGCCUCAAGCACAACAGCAACAGCGCAGCAUCCACAAAGCUCUCGUCGACCCCACCGUUCCCCCAGCCGUCACCAGCUGCCUCGGAGGAGAAACCCAAAGCUAAAAAGGGACGCAAGCCCAAAUAUGCGGAAUCUGACUGCCAGUACGCAACACCGGCAAAGAGGAAGAGAGAAGGCAAUGCCCAGUACCUGUGGGAGUUCCUGUUGCAGCUGCUCCAGAACCAGGACACAUGCCCGCACUACAUCAAGUGGACCAACCGGGAGAAGGGAAUCUUCAAGUUGGUGGACUCUAAGGCCGUCUCACGCCUCUGGGGCCAGCACAAGAACAAGCCGGACAUGAACUACGAGACCAUGGGCCGAGCUCUUAGGUAUUACUACGCACGCGGUAUUCUAAACAAAGUGGACGGCCAACGGCUGGUGUACCAGUUUGCCGAGGUCCCAAAGAACAUCGUGGAAAUUGACUGUUCCAAUGUAUAGUGUGAGGUGUCGUGUUCGAGUCCUGAGAGUUGGUAAAUGGCAAUACCGGGUGAAAGUUCAGAAAGGCGACAGAAUGUUCGGCUUUGGAGAGGCAAAUCUGUGAUGCUCUUCGUCCCUCCCCUCCUCCUCUGGGUGCAUAAUGUUUCUGGAAAUCUGGACAAGAAUGUUUUUUUGUUUGUUUGUUUUCCUUAUCUUUUCUUCCGGCAAAAAUGCUAAAAAGAUGAGGAUAAAUGUGUUCAUCAUUCUAAAGAUCUUUUAAUUUUUUGCCCCGUAGCAAAAAAAACUGUACAGCGAGGUAUACAGAAUACAUGACUUGAGUUUAGAAGUGUUUGUGUGCUGGUAUGCAUUUAGGG